UCAAGCCAGCGACGAUUCCUCCUAACAAUCAUAUUGUUCUUUUUUCUUGCUUCUCUGUCUCUCUCUUACUCGCCCUCUCUCUAAUCAAUCUUCUAUUCGAAUUUUAAAUGUGACAUUAUUUUUCCCGCAUUAUUCAAAUUGCAACUAUAAUCGCGUCGACUUAAUCCCGUCGACAAGGGCGACGGAGAAGAUUGAGAGAUGGAUCAGGCAAAAAAUAGACCAAGUAGGGCUCGUUUUCGUUCAGCAAGUAACUCGGCUCGAAUAUUAGUCUUCGAUCAAGCCGAAACAGCAGAAUCUCAGAACGUAAAAAGUGGUAUGGAAGGGCCAGGGAAUCGAACACUGACCAAAAUGGAAGGGAAAGAUUCUCAUGCUCUACCUGCUGCAGGGGAAAUAUCGAAUUUGGUACGAUUGCGAAACUCUGCGAUAGGAAAAUCAGCACCAUCACUGUCUGUUCACAUGCGUGACUUCAAUAUUCCUCGAAGGGCAGCAAAAGCAGCUCAUCGAAAGUCGUUCAUUGCUACAACUUCACCGACUCUACCGCGUUGCCAGUCGCCGAUCUGUGGCAGUCCCCUAGAGAGUCCUAGGAUGUCAUCCAGUCCACAUUUUCCUUUUGCACCAAUUAAAAGAAUCAGCGCUAGUAACACCGCGGUCGCCGAUGGCAGACGAUGGUCCGUUGCUAGCUUACCGUCGAGCGGUUACGGAACAACUCCAGGCUCUAGUAACGUCUCCUCUCAGUGCUCGAGCCAAGAGCGCCUCCAUCAGCUACCAAAUAUACCGACAAAAGAUGAACUUCGAAUGUUAUCUUGUCACUUUUCUAAACCGGGUACACCGUGCGGCUCUCAUCCAGGAUUUCCCGGAUCCAGUAUACCUGGAUGCAUAUCCCUGAGCUUGGACGACGAGGGUCGUAGGUCACCUUUGCAUCGUCCAAGGUCGAGGAGUUUGAGUAGCCCCAGUCGAUCGCCGGUAUUGGACAGCGAGAUAGUGAUGAUGAAUACCCUGUACAAGGAGCGCUUUCCAAAAGCCACGCAACAGAUGGAGGAACGUUUGACGAACUUUAUCAACGAGAACCGAGACGUAGACGAAUACGAAAUGGUUACGCACAUGAAUCAAGAUUAUUUACCGAUCCUCAGAUUCGUACAUCAUCAGGUUAUAGAAAUGGCUCGCGACUGCCUCCAAAAAUCUCAAGAGAAAUUGAUCACCUCUAGGUAUUUUUACGAAAUGAGCGAAAACUUGGAAAUAUUACUGAUGGAGACUAAGGAGAAAUCACUGGAAGCUGCCGCCAGACUGACGGGACUGAUUAAAAAAUUAUUGCUAGUAAUCUCACGACCGGCAAGACUUCUGGAAUGCCUCGAAUUCGACCCGGAGGAAUUUUAUCAUCUUCUCGAGCAAGCGGAGGGUCAGGCCAAAAUAAACAUCGGAAUCAAGGCCGACAUACCUCAGUACAUCAUCAACAAAUUGUCGCUCAACCGCGAUCCGAUAUCAGAAUUGCAAGAGGAUUUGAACAAACUCGAGGACUCCGCGUCGUCCAGCGAGAACAAUUUGCUGUUGGCAUCGUCGAGUCCCGGUAAGGACGACGAGACGCGAAGUCAGCGAAUACCUUGCGAAAGCGAUUACGAAGUGCUGAAAUUGAUAAGCAACGGUGCUUACGGAGCCGUUUAUCUGGUCAAGGAGAAAGUGACGCGUCAACGUUACGCGAUGAAAAAGAUAAACAAGAACAACUUGAUUCUGAGAAAUCAAAUGGAUCAGGUAUUCGCCGAACGGGACAUCAUGAGCUUCACCGACAACCCCUUCGUCGUAUCCAUGUACUGUAGUUUCGAAACAAAAAAACACUUGUGCCUCGUAAUGGAGUACGUCGAAGGUGGUGACUGCGCCAAUCUCCUGAAAAACAUCGGACCGCUGCCCCCUGACAUGGCGAGAUUCUAUUUCGCCGAAACGGUACUCGCCGUGGAGUACCUCCACAGUUACGGGAUCGUCCACCGGGACCUGAAGCCUGACAACCUCCUCAUCACGGCGCUGGGUCACAUAAAGCUCACGGACUUCGGCCUCAGCAAAAUGGGCCUGAUGUCCCUCGCCACCAACCUGUACGAGGGUUACGUCGACCGGGACACCCGUCAAUUUUCGGACAAACAGGUGUUCGGCACCCCCGAGUACAUAGCGCCGGAGGUCAUACUGCGACAGGGUUACGGAAAACCGGUCGACUGGUGGUCCAUGGGCAUAAUACUCUACGAAUUUCUCAUCGGUUGCGUGCCGUUCUUCGGCGACACACCCGAGGAACUGUUCGCCCACACCGUCAACGACGACAUCGAAUGGCCGGACAACGACGACUGGCCCGUACAGUCCGAGGCCAAGGACAUCAUCACCGUACUCCUCCAGCAGAGCCCCAGGGACCGCCUCGGCACCGCCGGCUCCCACGAGGUCAAGGAACACCCCUACUUCUACGGCGUCGACUGGAACAGCCUGCUCAGACACAAGGCCGAAUUCGUUCCACAGCUUACCAACGACGAGGACACCAGCUACUUCGACUCUCGGAUGGACCGUUACAACCACGACCUGGGCGACGACACCGACGACACCGACGACUCCCCGCUGUUCGGCUCGUUCUCCUCGUACUCGCCGCAGUCGCGUAAGAUAUCGCAGACCCGUCUGCCCCUGUUCAACACCUCGGAGCCCGAGUUGGACUUUUCGAGGAAACAGCUGUUCCGCGGGGAGUCGGACGCCUCGGACGCCCAACUGUCCCCCGGUUUCGUCGGGGCACCUCCCCCCGUCCCCCCGAAGUCGUCGGCCCCCAAAAACUUGGCGACCGAGAAGAGCUCCUCGCUAACAUCCAAGAACGGCUCGUUCUCCGACUCGAACGAGAAGUGCGACAAGGCGUCGAGCGGCUCCGCCGCGGCGGCCCCGGGGCCCCAGGGGGCGGCGCAGCCGGGCCCGGCGAAGAACGGCAGCGGAGACGGGGCGUCGGUGGUUCUGAGUACUCCGGACUCCUCGCAAACGGAGUCCGACGACGUCAGUCCCCAGAUACAGAGGAAACGUCAUUCGCACACGCGCGACAAGCUGCCCAGGUUCAGUAUAUCCAUUGACGACGAACACAUACUGGACCUGGCCGCGGCAAACAGGGACGCCGCCGAGGACAAACACAACUCGAGCACCGACUCAUUCGAGUCAUUCGUGAUGCCGCUGCUGCCCUCGACGAAGCACAGGUCCAGAUCCGUCAUAAAGUCGGCGUCGACCAGCGGACUGUCUCUGGUCAUACCGGCCAACGAUUUGCCGCUGACCCAACCGAUCGAGUCACCCGGAGGUUCGUCGACGGCCUCGUCGCGCGACACGUCACCAUGCCGGGAACUCAGCCCGUUGGUCACCAGCCUCAAACCCCCGAUAAUAAUAAGGCGGGGACCAUGCGGUUUCGGAUUCACGGUUCACACCAUCCGAGUCUAUUACGGCGACAGCGAUUUCUACACCAUGCAUCAUCUGGUCAUGGCGGUGGAUCAGUCGAGUCCGGCGUUCGAGGCGGGUCUGAGACCGGGCGACCUGAUAACCCACAUCAACGGCGAAGCCGUUCAGGGUCUCUACCACACGCAGGUACUCCAGCUGAUGCUGAGCGGCGGUGAUCACGUAACGUUGCGCAGCACGCCGCUGGAAAAUACGAGCAUCAAAACCGGGGGUAGAAAGCGCGAGUUGGCGCAGAGCAAAAUGGCGAGAAAAUCGCUUCACAGACAGAGGAAGCAGAAGCGGGACCAUUCGGACAAGAAGCGAAAGACUUCGUUGUUCCGAAAGAUCAGCUCCAAACGUGCUAGCGUUGAGAUGCAACAGGUAUUCGAUAUCGGCGUCCGAAAGGACGACCUUGUCCGUAGCAUUGUUAAAAAAAAUUAUCACCGUUAUCGUCAACGAUUCGCAAUUAUUCUUUUAUACCUCGUUGUUUCGUUACAGCCGUUAAGUAUCAGUUGUCCUUUGUCGGCACCAAUCCUUUCCAGCGACAGCAAACCUCCGCUUAUGAUGGCCGCCGGGAUCUGCUCACCUUCCAUGGUGACGCCGAGCCGUUCCUUCCAGUCGUUCACCCGGUCGCUUCCGCCGCCCCAGGAGUCGUCGCCGUUCUUCGGCGCCUGCGCUAAGACCGUCUGCUCGCCGUCGCCGCCGACCAACAGGUCUACCUCGGAUUCCUACCACUCGGCCAGCACCUCGAGUCCUUGCUCGAGCGCGAGUUCCUCGUCGUCGGGGACAUCGGGCGUGGCCGUCGCCGGCAUGACGGGCGUCGCCAACCAGUCGCAUUACCAGAGACCGAGCACCCUCCACGGGCUGAAGCACAAGCUGCACACCGCCGCGAAGAACAUCCACUCGCCGAACAGGAGGAAAUCGGUGGGUCACAUCCCGCUGUCGCCGCUCGCGAGGACGCCGAGUCCUUCGCCGAUCCCGGCGAGUCCCACUAGGAGUCCGAGUCCCCUGGCUUUUCCCACGGGACAUCAGCCCGGCAGUUCGAACACCACGCAGUCGUACAGUCCCGGUGUGUCGCUGUCGACGCCCAGCGGUCAGAAGAAGGGUUUCGGUCGUCCGAAGAGCGCGGAACCGGGUUCGCCGUUGCUCAGGAGAGCGCUGAGUCCCGAUCGUCUUCAUCCUCGUUCGGCCGAGAGCAAGACGUCCAUAUCGCCGUUGGCCAAUACGGUUCUCAAGGUCAUUCCGCGGGUUACCAUAGCGCAGACGGUGGUCACGGAGACGGUGAACGAGACCGCUAAUCAUCUCAAGGAGGCUCUGGACUUCAAGAGCGAGAAGAAGGGGCCCGGCGAUCAAAAAUCGGCGGGGGAAUACCCGAAACUCACGCACGGCAUAUCGAUAAACAUCGCCAACGUGGGUAUGCAGAACGCGAAUCAGUUGCCGAGGAUCGCCGAGGAGAAGGACUCGCCCACCGGCAGUAAGAGCGACGAUUACUCGUCGAAGAAUCCGACGAGGUCGGAACAGGUGACGGAGACUUCCGACAAGAUCGGCGAACCGGUGACUCAGGAUCCUCGUGGUAAAGAUUUCAAGGACUCGUCCUUCGUGAUAACGAGAAAGGGAGUUUUGAACGCGGUCGAGAGACUUCAGUCCGCCUCCGAGGCGGCCUCCGAUCGUCCCGAGGCGAGUUCUUACCGAAAUCGAAAAACGGACGCGGUACUUCUGCCUCAGAGGAAGUUCAGCGUCGUGGAGUCGAAGCUUUGUAACAAAAAUUGGUUCGAAUCCAUCGGCGAGAAGGAAGCCGCCAAACCCACCGAGUUACCCGUCAAACAGAUGUCCACUCUGAUGCAACGAAAGGCCAGCGUUUUCGACAUAAAAAUCGCCGACAAAAAUUGGCCGGAAACUAACCCGGAGGGCAAAAAGGUACUGAAAAGGUACAAAGUCGAUUCCGAUAAUACACCGUCCACCAGUCAAGAGAAAAACUCUACCGGCGAUAAUAAAAAAAAUAACUAACAUUUCUUUCCUCAAAUAAUUUUACCACCGAUUUUCUCAAAGAAGCGAGAAAUAAAAAAAAUGUAUGAAUGAUGUUUAAUUAGGAUUGUAUGACGUUGCGUUAGGUAGUAAAAAUUUCCGUCGUUUCUUUUUUUUUUUUUUUUUUUUGUUUUUUAAUUUAUUUAAUUGCUACUGUUAUUUUUUUUUCUUUUUUUUUUUCGCUAAUAUUCUAAAGGGAACUAAUCUUAGAUUACGGUGUGGGAUAUUUUCGUUAGAAAAGUUGUUGUUUUUUUUUUCUUUUUUCCAUUGCUUUCAAGAUAACACAAAAUAUUCCACGCUAAAAUUUUGAUCCUCGUGUCGUUGAUAGAAAAAAAAAAAAAAGAAAAAAACAGAAAAAAAAGAAAAAAAAUCUUAGAACAAGUUUUCCGAUGAUAUGAAAAAUUAAAAAUCGCAAAUAGAGAUUUUUAAUCCGCGUUUAGCUAGAUUUUGGCUUCAGAAAAGAAAAGAAAAGAAAAGGAAAAAAAAAAUUGGAUAAAAAAGAUGAUUCUCCUUCCACGAUUUUAGAAAAUUGUAAGGUAUCGAUGAUCGGUGUACUCUGUUCUGUCGAUGUAUUCUGUACAGAAUUGUUAUCUCGAUAUAGAAAUAUCGUAUUCGAAGUUAAGGAAAACGGGGAGUAAAGAAAAAAAAAAACAAAAAAAAAUAAAAAAUAAAUAAAUAAAUAAUCGACGAAAAGAGGAAAAGAUAGAAAAAGAGACUGCGCUUUCGACUUUUGGUACAUUAAAUUUGGAUAAGUAAAAAAAAAC